UGAGCGUGAGACCCACUCGCCUCACCCCUAUCUAUCACAGCAGCAGCAGCCACACUGCCUCUCAUUUUCUCUCUCCCCCGAGUCGCUUUCACGCUGCUCUGCUGCUCUCUCUAAAUAACGCCACCUUCUUCUCAAACCAUUUUCCCUCACUUCUGCUUUGCGCUCCUUCCCCCCGUUUCUCUAACUACUAUAACACGCUGCAAACUCUGUCUAAUUGAGAAUUUUGUUCGUGUAUUAACAGAAGGAUCUCAUGAAAAAUGGUACUAGUCCUAUCAUGUAAUCCCCGUUCUGUGUCUAGCGCUGCAGAGGUACAGUCUUCUGCGUGAUUGUUUUUGUUAUAUAUACUGGGUUGUGAUAUAUACAUAUAUAUAUCUGUGUUUAUAUUAAGUUGCGACGAGAAAGAUGGAGAGGAAACAAGGGUUUUUCUCGGCAUUGAAGGAGGAAGUGGUACGUGGCUUGUCUCCAGCAAGGUCACGAGCGAAGAGUCCGGGACGGAGCGCGUCGCCCAUGUCGGGUUUGCUCCGGAGGAAGAAGGUCAGUACCAGUAACUCUGGGUUGUUGAUUGCAAGAUCGGGCAGCCUGAGACCGGUUGGGGAGACGCUGACGCCUUUAAUGGAGGGUCCGGAUCCCGAUGGCGAGGAAAUCGGAGAGUCGAAGCGGGUGGGUUCGGGCCUUGGGCAGUGGGUUCGAGGGCAACUGACUCGAACCCCGUCGGUGGUCGUGAAUGAGAAUGGUUGCGGCAGCAAGAGGUCCGAUCUGAGGCUGCUGCUUGGAGUAAUGGGUGCGCCACUGGCGCCGGUGCACGUUUGCACCACUGACCCUUUGCCUCAUCUCAGUAUAAAGGACACGCCCAUUGAAACUUCGUCGGCCCAGUACAUAUUGCAACAGUAUACUGCUGCUUCCGGAGGGCAAAAAGUCCAGAACGCCGUUAAGAAUGCUUAUGCAAUGGGAAAGUUGAAGAUGGUAGCUUCCGAGUUUGAAACUGCAACAAAAGUGGUGAAGAACAGGAAUGCUGCUAGAGCUGCUGAAUCCGGUGGAUUUGUCUUGUGGCAGAUGAAUCCUGACAUGUGGUAUGUGGAGCUUGCUGUUGGAGGAAGCAAAGUUCAUGCCGGCUGCAAUGGCAAGCUAGUGUGGAGGCACACACCAUGGCUCGGGGCACACACUGCCAAGGGACCAGUUAGGCCCCUGCGCCGAGCCCUUCAGGGACUUGAUCCGAGAACCACGGCUAGUAUGUUUGCUGACUCCAUUUGCAUUGGAGAGAAAAAUAUCAAUGGAGAAGACUGCUUCAUUCUGAAGCUUGCUGCUGACCCUCAGACAUUGAAAGCCCGGAGUGAAGGACCAGCAGAAAUCAUAAGGCAUGUACUGUUUGGUUACUUCAGCCAGAAGACCGGGCUUCUUGUUCACAUGGAGGAUUCACAUCUUACCCGCAUCCAUUCUAAUGGUGGGGAUGCCGUUUACUGGGAAACUACUAUCAACUCCUUCUUGGAUGAUUAUCGGCCUGUUGAAGGAAUUAUGAUUGCUCACUCUGGACGAUCUGUCGUGACCCUUUUCCGAUUUGGAGAGAUGGCAAUGAGCCAUACAAAGACCAGGAUGGAAGAAGCCUGGACAAUUGAAGAGGUUGCAUUCAAUGUUCCAGGUCUGUCACUUGACUGUUUUAUUCCACCGGCAGACUUGAGAUCAGGUUCCAUCAGUGAAACUUGUGAAUUUCCACGGGAGGAAAGAGGAAAAUCAGGAAUUGCCCUUGCAGCGCAUCGUGCAAAAGUUGCAGCGCUGGAGAACUCUCAUACUAGCAGCAUUGACAACGUAGUAUGGAAGGUUGAAAUCUGACCAAGUAGGAUCAACUUCUGGCAAAUGUUCAUAUGGUUAGGCAGUUUCUAGCUUUACUAACACAUAGAAAUAACAUAUAGUCUCAGUCUAUUGAGAAAUUUCAUUAUAGUUGUCACGUCUCCAUUAGUCUCUGUUAUAGAGCAUAAUCAUAUACAGGUUCUUGCCGAGCCUCAUUGAACAUACUCCUAUAGCAGAAUCCAACUAGUGGGUGUUGGAGCUCGUUUUUUCUGGCUACGGGUUUGGGCAAAUGGAGGCUUAGUUUUCAGUUUACCUCUGUUUGAUGGGGAAGGGUGGUGAAGCUUUAGUAUUAGUACUGGCAAAACCAUUGAGAUUUUUCUCAUUUUCAUUUGACUAACCUUUUCCCAACCUAAUAUACACGGCUUUGGCAGUUAGAAGGGAACUACUGCUAAUUGGUUGGGUUUUAGUACAUCCAUCGGUUCUUGUGUGUCAUUUCCGUGUCUUAGUUGUUUGUCUAGUGUUUUGAAGUCUCCCUUUCCUUGGGAAGGAGAAGGGAAUUCCUCUGUAGCUUCUAGGGAGAGGAGGCCAAGUUAGCAAGUGAACCAACUCUUAUGGUUGCAAGUAGCAGCAGUUGUCUUCACCUGCUGGGUAGAAAACCUUGUAAACUGGAAAAUAUCCCAUGAGUUACUUGAAUUAUUUAUGUAAUGUUUACAAAUAUCAGUUUUUUGUUA